CCUAACCAAAAACACUAUGUGUACCCAAUAACUAAAUUAAAUACUAAACUAAAAACAGAUUAGUCGCCAUUAGCCAAUUAAAUACUGCCUUUUUAAAAACAAAUUGUGUAGUUUAGUUGCGAAAAAUCAGUUUUUAAUUGUUAAAUCAGCCGACUGUUAAAAUGGCUCUUCGUUUGAGACGUUUAAUUCAAACCCCAUUAAUGGCUCGGAGUUAUCCACUUUUGGUCACGAAAGAAAAGACCCAGGAAGUAACUCACACAAAAAGUGCCCUGCAGAAAAAACAAACGGGAACUGACAUUCCUAGCGCUCAAUACGGGGGUCGUCAUGCUGUUACUAUGCUUCCAGGUGGUGGAAUUGGCCCCGAACUUAUGUCUUAUGUUCGCGAGAUCUUUCAUUUCUCUGGAGCGCCAAUCGAUUUUGAAGUAAUAGAAAUCGAUCCUACUACAGAGGGAAAUGAUGAUUUGGAGUAUGCCAUUACUUCAAUUAAGCGUAACGGUGUUGCAUUGAAGGGAAAUAUUGAAACUAAGUCAGAGGACGUGCAUGAAACUUCCCGUAACGUUGCCAUUCGUAACGAAUUGGAUUUGUAUGUGAAUGUUGUUCACUGUAAAUCAUUAACUGGAAUUCCUGCAAGACACAAGGACGUUGAUAUUGUGCUCAUUCGUCAAAAUACCGAUGGUGAAUAUGCCAUGUUGGAACAUGAGUCUGUGAAAGGAGUUGUAGAAAGUAUGAAGGUAGUGACAUUAGAGAACGCCGAGAGAGUUGCCCGUUAUGCUUUUGAAUUUGCCAGAAAUAACAACCGAAAAAAAGUUACAACAAUUCAUAAGGCCAACAUUAUGAAGCUUUCAGAUGGUCUUUUCUUAGAGGUCGCAAAUAAAGUUGCGCGAGAGUAUCCUGAAUUGCAGCACAACAAUAUGAUUAUUGACAACACCUGCAUGCAACUUGUUUCUCACCCUCACCAGUUCGAUGUUAUGAAUAUGACUAAUUUGUACGGAACCAUUGUAUCAAAUGUUAUUUGUGGACUAAUUGGAGGUGCAGGAUUACUGUCAGGACGGAAUUAUGGGGAUCACUAUGCUGUAUUCGAACCUGGAACUCGUAACACCGGAACAGCUAUAGCUGGAAAAAAUAUUGCCAAUCCCGUUGCGAUGAUCAACGCAAGUAUUGACAUGCUCAAUCACUUGGGUCAUAAACAACACGCUAAAGUUAUAAGUGAAGCUGUACAUCAAACAAUUGUUACUGAUCGUAUCUUCACCCCAGAUUUGGGUGGAAACGCUAGCAGCACUGAUGUUAUUGAAAAUAUCCUAAGGAUUCUUUCAAAAAAACGAGUUCAAUGGCCGCUCGAAAACAUUUUUAGCCAAUUUUGAUAUGGUUGACCCUUCUAAAGUAACUACCAAAAUACUUAAAAAUAUAUGUGGAGUGUGUUUUAUUCAUUUGACAACACUAUAAGAUCGAAAUUCAAUGAAAAUCAAAAUUUAUAAAACGAAGAGAUUGGUAAAACUUCCUAGCUUGAUUAACCUGAGUGAUCCUCAAAUCUAACGGAUGACAAUUGUAGUCAGCUGAAUUUUCGCCUCUAUUGACAAAAAAUACACUUCACACAAAAUAGAUGCGUUUUUAAAAUAUAAAUCGCUUUUUAAUUAAUAUAUUGCUCGAAAUUUAAAAAUAAAGAUAACAAAACAUACAAAA